CCACAGUCAGUCUACCGGAAUGGCUCUGGCCUAUGAUGUCAUAGAAUCCCACGUACUCCUAGUAGUGUCAGGGUUAUGAAGCUGUGGCAGUGGGUGCCCGUAUGGGUGUGGCUGUGGAUGGCUAAUUUGGGGACUGUAGACACAGCACCCAGAAGAGAUGACAUUAAGGCCUCGACACCAGGAGCCACCUCCCAGCUCUUUGUAGACAGGCCUGACUUCUUUGACUACCCAGACUCAGACCAAGCUAGUCUUUUUGCUGUGGCCCAGUUUAUUGGAGAGAAACCUGUGGCCUUUGUUAAGACAGGUUCCGGCCCCGGGCUCUUCCAGCACAUCAUGGUGGCCACGUUGGCAGUGGCUUUCUUCCUCUUCCUUUUCCAGUUCUGCACACACGUGAGCUUCCAAAAAGGAGCCUAAGGAGCUGGCCAGGAGCCCUGGACCCUGCGGUGUGCUAC